GCAGCCGCGACCGGUAGUGACGUCACGAUAUUUGGCGCUCGCGGGAAAACUUGUCUCUGUGUUUGGGGGAAGACGCGCGCUGACGCGGGACUUUCAAGCGUAGGUCCCCGGGAAGUCGAGGUGCCAUGAGCCUCUGGGUGGACAAGUAUCGGCCCUGCUCCUUGGGACGGCUGGACUAUCACAAGGAGCAGGCGACCCAGCUGCGCAACCUGGUGCAGUGUGGUGACUUUCCUCAUCUGUUAGUGUAUGGACCAUCAGGUGCUGGAAAAAAGACAAGAAUUAUGUGUAUUCUACGUGAACUUUAUGGUGUUGGAGUGGAAAAAUUGAGAAUUGAACAUCAGACCAUCACAACUCCAUCUAAAAAGAAAAUUGAAAUUAGCACCAUUGCAAGUAACUACCACCUUGAAGUUAAUCCUAGUGAUGCUGGAAAUAGUGACCGAGUAGUCAUUCAGGAGAUGUUGAAAACAGUGGCACAAUCACAACAACUUGAAACAAACUCUCAAAGGGAUUUUAAAGUGGUGUUAUUGACAGAAGUUGACAAACUCACCAAAGAUGCUCAGCAUGCCUUGCGAAGAACCAUGGAAAAAUACAUGUCUACCUGCAGAUUGAUCUUGUGCUGCAAUUCUACAUCUAAAGUGAUCCCGCCUAUUCGUAGUAGGUGCUUGGCGGUUCGUGUGCCUGCUCCCAGCAUUGAAGAUAUUUGCCACGUGUUAUCUACUGUGUGCAAGAAGGAAGGUCUGAAUCUUCCUUCACAACUGGCUCAUAGACUUGCAGAGAAGUCUUGUAGAAAUCUCAGAAAAGCCCUGCUUAUGUGUGAAGCCUGCAGAGUGCAACAAUAUCCUUUUACUGCAGAUCAAGAAAUCCCUGAGACAGACUGGGAGGUAUAUCUGAGGGAGACUGCAAAUGCUAUUGUCAGUCAGCAGACUCCACAAAGGCGAGGACACAGCGUUCAGGUGCCAUAUUGGAAGGAGAGACUGGACCCUCGCCAGACACACAACCUGCUGGCACCUUGAUCUUGGAUUUCCGAGCCUCCAGAACCGUGAGAAAUACAUUUUUGUUCUUUAUCAAUUACCUAGUUUCUGAUAUUUUGCUAAAACAGCACAGAUGGACUAAGACAAAUAGAGAAAGAAGGUAUAAAGUUGUGUGUUUCUACUUUGAGUGGUUUUGGUCACAGAUCUACCUCCAGAGAAUACCUCCAGAUACAGGGAUUCCUCCACAUAAUGGGAUCUUCCACUCCAACACAGCUCAGGCAACCAAGGGGCAGUCCUGGGGGAUGAUUUCAGUGGAGGGCUAUUUCCAGGCUCCCUGCUCCCUCAUCAGUUCCUCUCAGAACACCUGAAAUCUUUUCAGCUAUUACUUCAGACUUCCUCAAUGUACCAAAAACCAUUAUGCUAAGCCAUAUCAAGGGGGAUAAAAGAGUUUUCCCCUCAACUAAAUCAGAAGGGAAAACAAAACAAAACAAAACAAGAGCUGAUGAAAUCACAAUUUACAGUUGUAGAAUCAGAAAAGCUGAUCAUAAAGCACCCAGUGAAUUCAAAGCACUUUGGCCAAAGGCAGAAUGUAUAUCUCUCCGGCAGGAACUCAUGCUGCACAGCUGUUUUGUCUCUGGCAGUGGCAAAUCCUACACCUGCUGGAAGCAACAGGGAACCCAAGUUCAGGAGCACAGUUUUUUCUUACUCAGUGUAUAUGAAAGAGCUUGGGAAGCCUCAGAUUAUUUGCUGCCAUGUAUUUGCCUCAAAAUCCUUUUAAACAAAGUAGAAGAGAAAACAAAUGUUCCAGCAUCUGAAAGAACAAAGAGUGUAGUCUUCUAGAGAAAUAAUGUUAUUUGCAUGAAUAUAUAAACCCUGUAGUAAAUUCUUUGUUCACGCCUCUAUGGAGAAUUCCUGAGCAAAUAGACAGAAGCAAAAUAGGAAGUAAAAUGCUUCAAUUGUACCCUUUCUUUAAAGCACGUUUUAAUUCCUUAGACAUUGGGACAAAUUUCGGAAGUCUUCUUGAAGAAGCAACAUAGUACCCCCUGAGGUCAUCUUCCUGGGAUCAGAUGCCGGGUGAAUUCACUGAUCUCAGCUUACCAGGGACUGGCAGCAUCAUUCCCAUUUCUCUUACAGUUGGUAAAGGCAUCCAUCUGCCACUAUAGCCAGUGUUUUCAUGGUCUUUUUGAGACUGAGGCAUCAUCCUCAUUUUUUAAUAGAUUUUUUAGAACUAAAGGAAAGGGUUCCUUGAGGAUAAAUAGCUCAGUCCUAUUUCUCUAGACAUUUUACUUACUAGCUGUGUGACUUUAUGUAAAGCAUAACCCCUCUCUUGGCCCCAAUUUCCUUAACUAUAAACUGGCAAUGAUUAUCUAUGUUGUAAGAAAACAAUGUAAAUAAUCUAGCAUGUGAAAGAACUGAGCAGGGUAUCUGGAGUAUAUAGAUACUUAGUAAAUCUUUACUCUGUAAAGGAAUAAAAAGGCCUGAAUAUUUAAGAGAUUGAUCAUUUCCUGAGUGAGGAAUAGUGAUCCAGCAAUACAAAUAUCUGAUGGGAAUGCUAUUUUAAAAUGAGAGCAAUGGUAUCUUGAAAUCAAAAUCCAGAACAAAAUGUUCCACAGAUAAUUAAUUCAUUUUAAUAUUUAUGAAAGACAGACACCAAGUUUUAUUACUUCUGUUUUCAGGAUUUAGGAGAUGUGCAAAUUUUGUAACUUAUCAUUCAAUUUCAAGACCAACCUAACCAUUCCUUCCUCCCAUGCUCUGUCUUCUGAGACUCCGACAUCCCUAGGACUCAGAUGACCAGAACUGGUUGCUUUUAUGGCAUCAUAUUUCAAUAACAAUUAUGCAGCUCAUAUUUAGUUUUAAUUAUUAUUUUAAAAUCUGAUUUAUAGAACAUAAAAUACUGAAUGGUAUGCAUUUUCAGUGAACCUUUGAACUCUUGAGGAACUUUUGUAAGAAGUUAACAAGGUCUGUUGGACUGAAAGUUGUCACCAAAUGAAACUAUGCUGAAAAUGUGUGUGUGUGUUAUUGUCUGUGUUUAUUUUUAGGGAAAUGGACCCGCCAAUCUUGCCAUCUCACUCAACUAAAUCAGUAUUUCCACUUUCUGUGAUUCAUUCAGUAGUACUAAUAGUUGCCCUUUGCAGAACAAUCAUUAUAUUCCAGGCUUUAUAUAACUUAUCUCAUUUGAUCUUCACCACAAGCUAUGAAUACUUUUAUUAUCCCCAUUUGACAGAUGAACCAAGUUUCAUAACUUGAGGCUCCUGAGAUCAGUUCAAGUAGGAAAGUGGGGAGAUGUGGCAUAUUAAUAAGGAAUCGGGUGGGAUAAGCAUAAACUAGUUAUUAUCUGGACACAAUCUUAUUUUUUUCUAAGUAUAAAUUAUAGAUUCUUUCUGAAGAAAAAUGUUUUGAUAAAAAGUACUUAAAAAGUUAGAGUUCGGGAGUUCUGAUUUUAUCCAUGAAAGAUUAAGUGCCGUGAGAUUUGCCUUCCACCAUACCCAACUAGAAAACCAAACAAAAUAUAGAACAUAACAACUUUCAAACAUUGAACAAGAGGCAGCACCGGACUGUGGCUCCAAGAGAAGGGAAGGAACGGUACUGAGUCCUGUAAUUGUCCAGGUUCGAAGGCAGUUUCGAUGCAUAGUACAGGGCAGGAACCCAGACAAAGCCCAGUGGUCUUACUGAGUCUAGGAGGUAGACUUCAGAAUUCAGGCAGCUAGGAUUUUCAGUAUUUACAGAAUCCUAGAGCAGAGAAAGCUACACACACAUAUACACAGAGAAAGAGAAAGGACAUGCUCUGUAAAUCUUCAGGGUUCUCUGGAAUCUUUGCCUUUUUAAAUCAAGUCUAGCCUAAAGCUGCCUCCUCACAUAUUUUAAGUUUGGCUUAAACGUUUCUCUGUACACCGGGAACUAUUACCAGUGGAGGUGUCAACAGACUGUACCCUACCCUUGUGCCAAUCACCAAGUUUUGGCCAAUCACAUGUAGCUAACUGUUCAAAUCAUGUUCAAAUAAGGCAAAUGUGGAGCUGUAGCCAAUCGGCUGUUUCUGUCCCUCACUUCCAUUUUCUAUAGGUCACUUUCCUUUUUCUGUCCAUAAAUCUUCUUUCACCACGUGGCUGCACAGGAGUCUCUGAGGCUGCUGUGGCUCAGGAGGCUGCCCGAUUCGCGAAUUGCUCAUUGCUCAAUUAUACCAUUUUAAAGUUAAUUCGGCUGAAGUUUUUCGUUUAUGGGGCUGAAUAUCAAGUACAGGCACAGGGCUCCGUGAGGCUGAAUAUCAAGUGCAAGUACAGGUAUAGGACUCUAUGAGGCUGGGAGAGAAAGCAGUAGACAGAAGAAUUCCUAGAAUUCACACAGGAUUCAUAAUGUACAGAGCAUCAGGCAGACUACUCAGGAAGAUGUUGCCUGAAUAAUUGGGCUAAAUUAGCCCUAAACAAAAGGCUACUCUAGACUUGCCCUACCAAGGCUUAAAACAAAGUGUUGAAAGAAUCAAACUUGAUCCCAAGUAAAUUAGCUCUAUGCCAAAGUCCAACAAUAUUAAAUGUACAAGAUUUACCACUUACUAAAAAUUACCAGGCAUGUAAAGAAGUAGGAAAAUAUGAUUUAUAAUCAGAAAAAAAGUUCAUUCAAAAGAAACAGACCUGGAAAUUUCAGAUAUGAUAUUAUUAGCACACAAGGAUUUAAAAAUAGCUACUAUAAAUAUGCUCCAUAUAUUCAAGGUAUAGGGAAAAACACAAACAUGUUGAGAGGAGAAAUGGGAUAUGUAUAUUUUUAAAAGAUUCAAAUAGAACUUGUGAAUAUUAAAAAAGUAAUAUCUGAAAAGAAAAUUUGAUGGGAUUCUUGCAGAUUAAACACUGCAGAAGAAAAGAUCAGUGAGUUUGAAUACAUAACAAUAGAAACUACACAAAAUUAAACACAGAGAUGAAAGACUGGAAAAAAAAUGAACCAAACACUAGUGAUUCUUUGAGAACACAUCAAGUGGACUAACAUGAAGACAACUGAGCUCCAGAAGUAAGGUGGAUAGAAGUGUCUGAAGAAUAAGAUGUGGAGGGGAUUGAUUGGCUUAUAAAACUAGAAGGUGGACCUACCUGUAAGUGCUCAAAAGAUGUCAGGAACAUCCCUGUUUCUUCUCUCAUUUCUGCUUUCUCCUGAAGUUUAGCUUCACUGUGUAGGGAAGCUUUCUCCAUGAGAAAGGAAUGUCGUUUAACAAUCACAUCUUCGCAGCCCCCAGUUUAGAGAUCCCAAGAGAAGAGGACAGCUCCUCCCUGUGUGUGAAUCAGUCAAUGCAGGGAAGAGCUCCAAUUGGCCCAGGUUGAGUCAUGUGUUUACUUGGAGCCAUUCUUUAUAUCAGAGGGGUGAAGAAUCCUGACUGCUCUAAGCCGAAUCAGGUGUCAUACCGUGUGGGACCCGCAGCCUGGACAACCAGAUGGAAUGGAAAGAGGAAAAUUUUCCAAAGAAGAUGAAGGCGCCAGGGGAAUAAAGAUAACAGGUCAUCCAAAUACCAUCCUUCAGAUUCAGUUCAUCCAAGGGCUUUUUAUGCAAACUGUUUCUCCUGAAAUACUCAACCCUGCAUUUGCUGAUUCAUUUCCAUUGUGUCAUCCAUGUGUCAUUGUAUUCAGUCUGUCAUUUAACUCUCCGUCUGGCUCAUAUGAGUUUUUCUCUCCAGCUAGAUAGUGAGGCCUUGAAAAGCAGUGACCAUGUCUUAUAUAUUCCUUAAUCUCUCCCAGUGGCUGUCAGAGUGUCUCUCAUGUAGUAGCAGAAUAAAUGUUUGUUUUGAUGAAUCUGUUACAGAGACUAGUCAAAUACUCCCAUUAAGCUGAAGAGAACUUAGAUUGAGUAAAUACCCUCAGCCUGUGUCAUCGUGAAAGAAGACUAAAGUGUUCAUUAACAACUAAUUUGCAAAUGAAACUGGUUUCUUUCUUUCUUUUUUUUUUUUUUUUUUUUUUACUCUUCUCUUAUUAGGAUCCCCAAAGCUGUGAUGAAAAUGCCAGGAGCAAAGAAGUAGCUUUUUAAAUUUCUUGAUGCCCAGACCCUUUGGGCUCAGGCAGAGUGUGUGGGUGCCCACAUGAUAGGAUUCAAUGAGUACUUGAAAUCCUUCUUGCCCUAAGUAUCCUUCCUUGCAUCUUGAAAAAUCCUUCAAUUCAAAGUCAAUUAUUUAAUUAAGAUGCUGUGCUUCUCAAAGAACCCUUUAAAAUACCAAUACCCCAGUAAAGCGGAUAUUAUGAUCCAUUAACCUUUUUGCCUAAAUUUAUUUCUCCAAGUGGCUUUAAUCACUCAACAGAACCCUGAAAGAAGGGGCGGAAGGACACAGACGUUGCUGGGCCGAUGGGGAGGUGGGCAUGUGGAUGUUGGGCUCCUUUGGGGGGGCACCUGGCAAACCCAGUGCUUCAGGCACAUUAUGCUGCAGGAAGAAUUUGCAUGUUAGACAUCUGGGGGCAUAUAUUUAAAAGUGACAUUAAAAGGUAAACACGGGAAGUGCUCCUUUCACCACUCUUGUGUAGAAAAAGACCCUUUUUCUUUUAGUAUAGCUGUGAUGGCUAAAGCUAAAACAAACCAAUACAAAGAUGAGGGACAAAUGUGGGUGAUUCCCUUAUUCUAAGACAAUUACCAUGUGGUCACAGAUUGGCAGAGCCAGCAUGGAUCAUCCGUUAGAGGUCUGAGGCCCCAUCUCCUUGACCUCCAUUUGUCUUGGCUACUUGACCCAGAACAAUCAGGGUUGAGCCCUGGGCACUCUCUUCCUACUCACUUCUGUCAAUUUCAUUCUUUGUGGCCUUCAGAGGCUGGAGGCAGAGUUUCAUUUUUUCCUGACCAGGAUACUGUAUUUAUUCAAUCGCCCCUGUUUAGAGAAAAAGAGUGGGAAAGAAAUACCACAAUAUAGAUUGCAAGGUAUCAGUUGGCAAUAUCAGUUGUAAGAUCUACCUCAAUUUCAGAGUUUUAAAGCGGAAAAUAAUGUGCAUCUCAGCGUUAAGGAAGCACAGUAAUAAGUUGAACAGUAGAAGGAAGCGGGUUGGUGGCUGUUGCUGGGUAGAUGAAAUCUUUUGGAAUUAGGAGCUUUCACAUAAUCAUAGAGAAGACAGGCAUAGAAAAGCUCCCCUACCUCCCCAGUAUAGCAGCCAGAUUGCUCAGGGAAG